AGACCCCGUUAGCUACACCCACGCUACAACCUGUCUACCAUUAGGCAGAGCCGUCAAAGUCACUGCAGACCCGGCAGCCAAAGGGGAGGAGGGCUCCCGCACCUUCCUCUCCUCACGACACAUCAGCACUUGGCACAGGGGAGGCUCCAUACCACGCUCACAAAUCCGCAAUACAAGCCUUUAAUCCCACGUUACUGCAGACAGAAAAAGGGAGGGCAGCUAUCCAAGACUCUCAGCGCCCCCCCGUCCCCCUCCCAUGUGUCUGCUCGGAUCAUGGAGUUGCACUGUCUUCCUACUGAGACCCCCACCACAGCCAGCUCCUGCUCCACGGACCCCCUGUACGACAACUGCCCACCUUUCGCCCAGCGAGAGAGGGCCAGGAAAAGGGAAAUGGAGAGCAGGGAUGUGUGCCCUGCUGUAACCAGACUCCCGGGCCCCCGCAGCCCGCUGCCUUGUCCGGCCCCGGCUGCGGCCAAGGUUCAGGCAGUGGUCGACGGGGGAAGAGGGCCUGGCACGGGGCCAGGUCACAGCUACUCCAGCUGCACAGGGGGCCUGGGAAGACGAGGCUGGGGAUCAAAGAUGGUCCCAGGCAUAAACAGUGCGAGAGGAGGGGAGGAAGGAGGAGAGCUGGGAUGCGGCACAGAGGACAGAGCUCAUCCGAACCAAAGCCCGAGCCCAUCGCAGAGCGAGGAGCACCGGAGCGCUCUGUCUCUGUACGACAACCUCCCGGACGCGGCGGCAAACGACAGCCUGCGGGAUUUCUUCGACAUGGAAACGGGCCUCCAGGCAGCGUGGACCCCUGAGCGGGCCCGGGGGAUGAUGGAGGGUGACGAUGUGAGCGAGGGGAAAAGCUCCUGGUCUUCUUGCGAGAUCGUCCUCGCCAAAAGCCGCUCCAGUAACCAGGACCAAGACAAGGAGCGCGAACAGGAGCCGGAGCCGGACUCGGGAUCCUGUGAGUUCAUGCAUCCCCAGCUCCCACUGCCAAAUCCUCAAGGUCUUACACAAAGUUCCCCCGAGCUGUGUCGAGCUGUGCGCCAGGCCCCGUGGCCUCCUGCCGGCGCCCAGCUCCCGAAGCAGUCGUCGUGGCCUCCCAGGGUUCCUCCUCCGGUACCACUGGCCGACCCCUCUGCCAGCGCUCUCCGCAGCCUCCUCACCAGCCUCCAGCAGCAGAUAGUCCGACAGAGGGAGGAGUACGAAGCACGGGUGGCCAGCCUGGAGCAAAGGAACGAAGACCUGGAGGUGGAGGUCGCUCGCUUGAAAACGAACCUCGCGCAGCAGCGCCAGUGGUACCAGGCCGUCCAGGCCAAGAUCGUGGAGUGCGAAAGGGCCAGGGCCGACGCAGAGGCGCGCAACGCGACACUGCAGAGGGAGAUGGACCAGUUCUUCGACACCUUCGGGGAGCUCAACAACGAGGCAAAGAAGACGGAGUACAUCGUCAAGAGCUUCUGAGAAACUACACGGUGUUUGAUGUUAUCAACAGUGUGUGCAAACGGUAGAUGGCCUACUAUCUGAUGUAAGAAAUAUGUGAGGCAUCACCUUCCUUAAGUGGGAAAGGUAAAAUGACGCACAGUUAUUUGCUCAUUAAGACUCUGACAGCGACACAAACGACACCAAAGAAAGAAAAAUAAUCACUGAUGUCCAAUUUAUUAGCGGAGUUUGGGCAAAGGAUGUUGGCCAACUGUUAAUAUUGUGGUCAUUGCAUUCACAUAGGACAUCUCUGGAAAUAAAAGGAGAAACAAACUGA